UCUGGCUACAUAAAAAAAUAUUUUUUUAUAUUUUCCAUCGCUUUAUCGAAAUAUUGUCACUCGGCGCCUGGCACCUUCGACCACCCAUCACAAAGCCAUGCCCCCAAAGGAGGAUAACGUCCAAAAGCUCCUUGCAGCAGAGCAGAAGCGCAAUCGUAUGAUAGCCGAUGCCAAGGCGCGCAAGCAACAGAAGUUGAAGCAGGCUAAAUUAGACGCGGAGCAGGAAGUGGCGGCGUUCCGAAAAGAAAAAGAGGAUGAGUAUCAAUUGUACUAUAUUCAACAAAACAGUGGAGCGGAUUCGGAAAGAGAAGCUUGUGCACGUGAGACCGACAAUCAGCUACAAGAACUCAAGCUUCUCACCGACUUCCGUAUGGAUAGGGUGGCAAACAAGAUGGUGCAGUUUAUUAUUUCAAAUAUUGAGUAAUCAGGUUAGGCAGCGGUUGUGAUGGCUUCUUCCCCCCGCUCCUUUAUCUAUCACGGGCACUUAAGAUGGCGUUAGUGUCUUUCUCUUUUUGAGCCCUUUCAUGGGAUCCUCCAGGAAGUGAUGUAAUUCGCUAGAUGCGUAUAGCUUCCAAGGAGGGUGGAAGAUGGUAGUAUGAGGAUCAGGAACAAGCUGUUAGCAGUAAGCAUAAAAUUGUUACCGCAAUGUUCGUGUUGUAGAAAAAUAUACGUAUGACCCGUUUACGUUAUACCUAUGGCAAACAGUUUUAAAGAAAGAUAUGGUUGAGAAAAGAAAACUUGGGCUGUGAAGGAUGCGGCGCAGUGAAGACUCACUAUCUCAAGCCACGCUACGAAAUGCCAAUAUUGUCUUUGUAUUUAUGACUGGUCAUCUCAUUUUUGCGGUUCUAGGGUUAUGAAAUUCCUUGCAAAUAAAUGGAACUACUUUUCCUUCCAAAAGGGGAUAGGAUAUUUCGA